AUGACUCGCCCUAGCAAGAUCGUGGCCUCGCCCUAUACUGCUCCCGAACACCUUUUAGACCUUUCCCUGCUAACUCCAGUUCUCCAGGACGUUGCUUGUGCACUAGGCGAUUUCGCACCCACCUCAGCCAGAUACGCCUACGAUAGCUACAUCGACAGCUUCAAUGUUGCAGCCAUAGUUUCGCAAGUCCAGAAAACCGCCCGUAUAGACGAACCCAUCUACAUAUAUGUGAUUGUUUUCCGGCUGAUUUUGAAAAAAGAAAUCGCCGCCAACCCAGAAAACACCGCUUUGCUCUACGAAGCAGACCGUUUGUCCCACGCUGAAGCAACCGCUCUGGGAGGCCUUCUCAAGUACUGGUAUGGCGUUCCUGACCCACAAACAGGGCAAAAUUUGGCCACAUGCUGGUGGCGAAGCCCCCAAGAUGCCCGUGCAGGCGGCACCGGCAAACUGCACCAAUCCAGUGUGGGCAAGGUGAAAAACUGGUACAAACUCUGGCGUGUGGAGCAGUAUGAGUUAGAAUUGGUGGAGGUUCAAGAAGACGUUGACGUGAGCCUGGCCUCGGAUUUCUCCUCGGAGCUUUUUGAUACUAACGAGUUUGGCGAGGUUUACAUUAGAAAGUCGCUACUUCUUACCAAUGCUUUGGACGAAAUAGGCUUUGGACGGUACCAGCUCGGGCUUUUCUUUGUUGCUGGGUUUGGCUGGUUUGCUGAUAACGCCUGGCCUGCUGCUACUUCAUAUAUCCUUCAACGGUUGACAGAAAAGGACCUGGUUCAGUAUCCAGAAGGAAGGGCUCCAUAUCUUACGCUAGCACAGAACUUGGGCCUUCUAGCCGGAGCGUUGUUCUGGUCGCUUUCUGCAGACAUUAUCGGUCGUCGCUGGGCUUUUAAUUGUACGUUUUUGUUUAUUGGCAUCUUCGGUAUUUGUGCUGGCGCAGCACCCAACUUUGCUGGUCUUGGUUGUUUCUGUGCUCUUUGGAGUUUUGGCGUGGGAGGCAAUUUACCCGUUGACUCGGCCAUUUUCCUCGAAGCUCUUCCGACGAACAAGAAAUGGCUUUUGACGGUUAUGUCGAUUUGGUGGGCUUUGGGACAAUUGGUCACUGCCUUCAUCUCGUGGGGCCUCAUCUCGAACUAUAGUUGCGAGGAUACGAGCGAUUGCUUAAGAGAAGACAAUAAGGGCUGGAGGUACUUCCUUUUUACCAUUGGAGGUCUUAGUUUGUUGAUGUUUCUUGCGAGAUUCCUUAUGCCAGUGUAUGAAAGCCCUGCUUUCUAUUUGGCCAGAGGUAACGACGAGAAGGCCGUCGAGACGAUUCACAAGAUCGCCCAUAUUAACAAAAAGCUGGUUAACCUCACACUCGAGGAUUUAUUAGCCAUUGAUGAUUUGGAGAUCGAUAAGGGCCAUAAGCAGAAUCGUGGUGUUAUCAGAGACAACGAACUCUUGAAAUCGAAGCUCAAGCGGUACGAUCUCUCGCACAUACGGCAAUGCUUCGGAUCCAAGCGUCUAGCAUUAUCUUCAACCCUUGUCAUUACUUCUUGGGCCCUUAUAGGACUUGCAUUCCCCUUGUACAAUGCUUUCUUACCAUCCUACUUGGAGCAGCGUGGACUGGCCAACGAAGAACUCAGCGUCACUACAACCUACAGAAACACUCUUAUUGUCGCAGCCAUGGGAUUUCCCGGAGCGAUAAUCGCUGGCAUUCUAGUUGAGCUCAGAACAGGCCGUAAGGGAGUGCUCUUUGCUUCGCUUAUUCUCACUGGAAUUAUCCUAUUUGGCUCUACUACAGCCAGAGACUCAGACGCAUACUUGGCAUGGAACUGUUUCUUCAGUUUCUUCUCCAACAUCAUGUAUGGAACACUUUAUGCCUAUACCCCCGAGAUUUUCCCAACCAAGAUUAGAGGCACUUCAGUUGGUCUAGCAGCCUCAGCUAACAGAGUUCUCGGAGUUUUCGCACCCAUUAUUGCUAUCUUUGCCGACUUAACCACCUCAGCUCCUAUUUUUGUUUCAGGAGCGUUAUUCCUAGUUUCUGCGGUUUUGGUGAUAUUCUACCCCUUUGAACCCCACGGAAAACUGAGUUUAUAA